AUGUCAAUCCCACAGCGCCUCAGCCCGCCCAUCGAGGAACUCCGCCAAUUCUACGUCGGCAAAGACAUCAACGAUGUCCCCAAGCCCGCCGCCAUCCUCGACGUAGCCAUCGCGCGGCGGCACUGCCAAUCCAUGCUCGACGCCACACGCGCCCUGGGCGUCGGCUUCCGCGCACACGUCAAAACACACAAGACCACCCAGCUCGCCCUCCUCCAAGCCGGCGGUACCUCCUCCACCACCUCCUCCACCUCCGAACCAGCCCACUUCAUCGCCUCCACCCUCCCCGAAAUCCAGCACCUCGUCCCCGCCCUCCACUCCCUCCGCGCCGCCGGCCGCCACCCCGUCACCAUCCUCUACGGCAUCCCCCUCCCGCCCUCGCACGUCCCGCGUCUCGCCGCGCUCGCCCGCUCCCUCGGCCCCGGCACCGUCGCCGUCAUGCUCGACCACCCCUCGCAGCUCGCCUCGCUCGCGCUUUUCGCGCAGCUGGCAGGCUUCCCCGCCGGUGUUUAUGUUAAAGUUGAUACGGGGUACCACCGCGCAGGACUGCCGCCGGGGGGGUUGAAUAAGGGGGGGUUGGUGGAGAGGGUGGUGGGGAUGGAGGCGGCGGCGGCGGGGAAGGGGGAGGCGGAGUUGUGGGGGGUUUAUGCGCAUAGUAGUUUGAGUUAUAAGGAUGAGGGGCCGGGGGCGGCGAUGGAUAAUUUGGCGGGGGAGAUUGAGGGGUGUUUGGAGGCGCUUAGGGAGAAUGCGGGGGUGUUGGGGAAGAGGGGGAAGGAGAAGGAGGUGGUGAUUAGUGUGGGGGCGUCGCCGCAGGUUACGUCGAUUGAGAAUUUUGCGGGGAGGGAUGGCAGGGAGGUGGGAGGGUCGGAGGCGCUGAAGGAGGCGUUGAGGAAGGUGGUAGAGGGGAUGGCUGGGGGGUUGAGGACGAGGCUGGAGUUGCAUGCGGGCGUGUACUCGGUCAUGGAUGUGCAGCAGUUGUCGACGAAUGCGCGGACGGGGCUGGGUGGGGUGGAAGAGGAAGUCGCGCUGUCGGUGGUGGCGGAGGUGUGCAGUGUUUACAAUGACGGGGAGAGGGGGCAGCCGGAGGCGCUUGUGGCCGUUGGUGCGCUGGGUCUGGGAAGGGAACCUUGUCCGUUCUACAAGGGAUGGGGCGUUGUCGGGAGCAGAUCGUACACCUCGCUGGAUUCCAAUGGGCACGGUCGCCGGUUGAUUGUGGAGAGGAUCAGCCAGGAGCAUGCAAUCCUCGCCUGGGAAGCCUCUGGAGAAGACACGACAGAAGGCUUGCCGCCGAUUCCGCUGGAGGUUGGGCAGACCGUCCGCAUCUAUCCGAAUCACGCAUGCAUCACUGGAGCACUGUAUGGCUGGUAUUUGGUGGUGGACUCGAGCGAUAAGCUGAACAGCUCGAAGAUUGUGGAUGUCUGGGUUAGGGCUUCGGGAUGGUAG